GUUAAUCCCGGUUCACAUCGUUGGGCCCUCGUCUGCAGACAUGAGGCUGCUGCUGGUCACGAUCAUCGAGAUCAUGGUGAUGGUGAUGACGGUGGUGAUGAUGAUGAUGAUGCAUGGGGCUGCAGCUCAGCAGAGAGGUCUGUUUCCAGCCAUUUUGAAUCUGGCCAGUAACGCAGUGAUUAGCAGCAAUGCUACGUGUGGCGAACCGGAACCAGAAAUUUACUGUAAACUGGUCGAACACGUUCCAGGACGAAGAAUCAAGAACCCGCACUGUCCCAAAUGUGACGGCAACUCAGUACUGUCCAAAGAACGUCACCCGAUAACAAACGCCAUCGAUGGAACCAAUCAGUGGUGGCAGAGUCCAAGUAUCAAGAACGGACAACAGUUUCACUGGAUCACCAUCACCCUGGACCUGAAACAGAUUUUUCAGGUCGCCUACAUCAUCAUCAAAGCAGCCAACUCUCCACGACCAGGAAACUGGAUCCUGGAGCGCUCUCUGGACGGUUUGACCUUUGACCCCUGGCAGUUUUACGCCAUCAGUGACUCUGAGUGUUUGUCUCGCUACAACAUCACCCCGAGACUCGGACCCCCCACCUACAGGAGAGACACCGAGGUCAUCUGCACUUCGUAUUACUCCCGACUGAACCCACUGGAGCACGGAGAGAUUCACACUUCGCUGAUUAAUGGACGACCAGGAGCCGACGACCUGACCUCUGACCUCCUGAACUUCACGUCGGCUCGUUACAUCAGACUGAGGCUUCAGCGAAUAAGAACGCUCAAUGCCGACCUGAUGACACUGAGCGCCCGCGACCCCCGAGAAAUUGACCCCAUAGUCACCCGGCGGUACUAUUACUCAGUCAAAGACAUCUCUGUGGGUGGGAUGUGCAUCUGCUAUGGACACGCCCAGAGCUGCCCUUUGGAUCCCGUAACCAAGAAGCUGCAGUGUGUGUGUGAACACAACACCUGUGGAGAGAGCUGUAAUGAGUGUUGCCCCGGUUACCACCAGCAGCAAUGGCAACCGGGCACCGUCUCCGAGGGAAACACUUGUGAAAAGUGCAACUGUCACAACAAAGCAGUCGACUGCUUCUACAACCAGACGGUCGCCGAGCUCUCGCUGAGUUUCAACACUCACGGCGUUCGUCAGGGGGGCGGAGUCUGUAUCAACUGUCAACAAAACACUGCUGGAGUCAACUGCGAGACAUGCAGGGAUGGAUACUACAGACCUGCUGAGGUGUCUCCAUACUCGGACUCUCCUUGUGUUGAAUGUAGCUGUGAUGUGAGAGGGUCUAAGUCUCCAGUGUGUUCCAGAGACGACUCUCGUCCAGGUGUGUCCGCAGGUCAGUGUAUCUGCAACGAAGGGUUUGCAGGUCGACAGUGUGACCGUUGUGCGUUUGGAUACAGAGAUUUUCCCCAGUGUGUUCGCUGUGAGUGUAACUUGUCAGGGAGCACCAACACUGACCCCUGCAGCCCCUGCACCUGCAAGGUGAAUGUGGUGGGAGCUCACUGUGAUCUGUGUAAGCCAGGUUUCUUCAACCUUCAGGAGAACAACCCCCUCGGCUGCACUGAGUGUUUCUGUUUUGGUGUCUCUGAUGUUUGUGAGAGCUCCACAUGGUCCACUGCUCAGGUACUUUAUUCAGAUGCUUGGCUCCGCCCAUCGUCCCAUCACAGCCACCAGGUGAUCCACAGCAAUGACCUCCCACUUCCCAGCAACACGUCGUCUGGCUCCGCCCACAGACAGGUGCUAUGGUGGAUGGCACCUGACAGUUUCCUUGGCAACAAGCUGGUGUCUUAUGGAGGUUUCCUGAACUUCUCUGUGGUUUAUGACAUCCCACUGGACAAUGAAGACCGCUCUGUCCCCACCCACUGUGACAUUGUCAUUGAGGGUAACGGUCGGACUCUUCGUCUUUCGCAUCCUCUCCUCCUCGUCCUGUCUCCGCUGGCUGAACAGACUGUAACUGUGGCGAUGGUCCCUCAUGCGUUUGUGGACGUCCCAGCAGGUGUCCCCGCGUCCCGGGAUGAGGUCCCUCAGCAGUUUGUGGACGUUCCAGCAGGUGUCCCAGCGACCCGUGAUGACCUGAUGCUGGUUCUGGCCCGGGUGACGUCAUUUACUGUCAGACUAGACCUGAACACACUGGUCAGAGGCCCUGUACGCCUCAGCUCCGUCUCGCUGGAUGUUGCAGAAUCAGGUUCUGGAGAACCGGUGGUUGCCAUGGAGACGUGCGAAUGUCCCUGGGGUUACAGCGGCACUUCCUGUGAGGCUUGUGCUCCAGGUUUCUACAGAGUGGGCGGAGUCUUGUUUGGAGGGAACUGUCUUCAGUGUGAAUGUCACGACCACGCCAGAGACUGUGACAUCAGCGGGGUCUGUGUGGGUUGUACCCAUAACACCACUGGUUCUCACUGUGAAGAGUGUCUUCCUGGUUUCUAUGGCGAUGCCACAGAAGGGACAACAGAGGACUGUCGGAUGUGUCCAUGUCCUCUCACAAAUCCGUCCAACAGUUUCAGUCCCACCUGUGUGCUGGAGGCGUCUGGACAGGUGUCCUGUGACCAGUGUGAGGACGGAUACACCGGGACACAUUGUGAGAGGUGUGCCAGUGGUUACUAUGGUAACCCGCAGGUAGUGGGCGGCGCGUGUGUCCGCUGUGAGUGCAAUGGCAACGUGGACGUCAGCAUCGCGGGACACUGUGACACCAUCUCUGGGGAGUGUCUCCGUUGCCUUGGCAACACAGCUGGGAGACACUGUGAGGUCUGCCGUCCUGGUUACUAUGGAGACGCAGUGGUCGCUAAGGACUGUCGGGAGUGUGGUUGUGAUGUCAGUGGCGCCCUCUCCAGUCUCUGUGAUGCCACAACAGGUCAAUGUGCAUGCGGAGAGAACGUGACGGGACGCAUCUGUGACCGCUGCCAGCCGGGGUUCUUUGGGCUGCAGAGUGGGCGCGGCUGUCAGGCCUGUGGCUGCAGCCAAUCAGGAUCUGUCUCGGAGUCAUGUGAUGACAAGGGGCGGUGCAGUUGUGUAGAGGGCGUGGCCGGAGACAAGUGUAACCGUUGCAGUCAUGGUUACUAUGGUUUCCAUGGCAGCGGCUGCACAGCAUGCAUCUGUGAUCACACCAAUGGAAACUGUGACCCUGAGAGUGGAGAGUGCAUUUGCCCCGCCCACACGGAGGGACACACCUGUUCCAGGUGUGAACCGGGAUACUGGGGUCAUGAUCCCGUCAUGGGCUGCCAGCCAUGCAGCUGCAGCGCCACAGGUAGCUCCGCCCCUCAGUGCCACCUGACCAAUGGACAGUGUCCAUGCAGAGACGGCUUCUCUGGUAGGAACUGUGACCAGUGUGCACCUGGUUACCAUGGCUACCCAUCAUGUUUGCCAUGUGGCUGCGACCUGGCGGGAACUAACGAGACGUUCUGUAACGAGACGCUGGGAGUUUGUGGCUGUCGACCCAACGGAGAGUGUGUCUGCAAGGCUGGUGUGUCGGGUCGACGUUGUGAGGAGUGUGUUUCUGGACACUUUGGUUUAUCUGUUGAGAAUCCAAACGGAUGUUCUCAGUGUUUCUGUUCAGGACUGAGUCACGACUGUGAGGAACAAGGAGGACGGACCAGAAGACCUAUCGGUGUGACUCGUCCUCUCUUGUCACUGGUCACUCAGUCCGACCUGAAGGAUGUUGUUUCUGGGGUUUACCAGGAGGGCGGCGACAUGCUGUUCGACACCCGUCAGCUCAACACCAGCAGGAGGAGCAUCCCUCUUUACUGGAGACUACCGUCCCAGUUUGAAGGCGACCAGCUGCUGUCCUACGGUGGCCUGCUGUCCUACGCCAUAACCUUCUACGCCGAGGAGGCCUCAGGACUUUCCAACCUGGAGCCUCAGGUGCUGAUGAGAGGCGGGAACUUGAGGAAGCUGGUUAUAUACACUGACAUGGUUGCACCUAGCAAUGCUGAGAAGACACAUCACGACAUCAGGCUGACGGAGCACAAGUGGAAAUAUUUUAACUCGGUGUCACAGAAGGCGGUGAAUCAUGCUGACUUCAUGUCAGUUCUCAGCAACAUCCACUACAUCAUCAUCAAAGCUUCAUAUGGGACCAGGCUGCAGCAGAGCAGGAUCUCCAACGUUACCAUGGAGACAGCCGUGGAGGCUGAAUUGGAGGAAGAGUCAGAUGUUAGAGGGGGCGUGGCCAGACUGAUUGAGUCCUGUAUCUGUCCACCUGGAUACACAGGACUGUCCUGUCAGGAGUGUGCACCAGGAUAUUUCCGUCAGCCUCAGUCCGAGUUGUCCUCGCGCAGUCAGAAGCUAAUGUUUGUUCGUCCAUGUGUCCCAUGUCGCUGCAACAACCACAGCAACAGCUGUGACACAGAAACUGGAGCCUGCCAGGACUGCCAACAUCACACCAGUGGGCGGAGCUGUGGACUCUGUGCCCCAGGGUAUUAUGGGAACGUCAGUGGCUCCAUUAGUGACUGUUCGCUGUGUUCCUGCCCCCGGAGGGACAACAGUUUCAGUCCCACCUGUGUGUCCGAGGGCGCAUCUGGUGAUUUCCGCUGCACCUCCUGUCAACGUGGCUACGAGGGACGCUACUGUGAGAGGUGUUCUUCUGGUUACUACGGUAACCCCUCGUUGCCUGGGGGCAUGUGUUCAGAGUGUAGCUGCAGUGGGUGGGGCGCCGUCCACUCGCUGUGUGACGCAGUGACCGGACAGUGUGAGUGUAAGGCUGGGGUCAAAGGUCGGACGUGUGACCUGUGUGACGAGAGGCACGUCCUGGACGGAGGACAGUGUGUGUCCUGUGGUGAUGAAUGCACGGGGGUCCUUCUGGACGAUCUGGACAAACUUCACGACAACUUCCUGGCGGUGAAUCUGAGCGGCGUUGCCAUGGCGCCGUACCGGCAGCUGCGGAUGCUGGAGAACCAGACCAAAGACCUGAAGCUGCUGAUUUCAGAGUCCAGCUCUGUCACGAUACAUCUGUCCAAGGUGGAAGACGACUUCAGUCAUUUGACGUCAGAUCUGAGAGCUCUGCAGGAGCAGGUCACAUGUCUAUCGAAAGACUUGGAGGAAGUGGGCGUGUCCACUAACCGCAGCCUUUCCCAGGGUGCACUGCUGCUGGAGCGAAUCAGCAGCCUUCAAGACAACAUUCAGGUGCUGCACAGGGAGGCGGAGCAUCUAAACCAGACCACAGAGGAGGAGCUUGAUUCAGCCAAUCGGACACAUUUAUUGAGCGAGAUGGAGUCUGUGCUGGAGGCCAUCAGAGUUGUAAAUCUAACCAAUUCUGAGGCCGCAGCCAGUCAGGAGCUGAACUCUUCACAGUCUCUUGCUCACUCCAUCCAAGCGGACUUCCUGUCUAUCAGUCCACCUGUCGACCAGUGGCUCCGCCCCCUCGCCACCUCUCUCACUGCUGCCAUGGAAACACUGCAGCAAACACACACACACCUGAGCAAAGCUGCACAACAAAACACAGAAACACACACUCUGCUGAACCGAUACGAGUCUGUCCAUCAGAACCUGAGUCUUGUGUCCACAUGUGUGAACGGACUCCUGGAGGACAGUCAUGAGUUACUGGAGGACAUCGUGGUUCUGACGGAGGACUUGACCAACAGCAGCGCACAGGUGGAGCUGAUGGCCGGUGAGCUGGAUCAGUGGCGCCCUCUGCUGAGGAGACAGGUGGACGCUUUGGUUGUUGGACUGAAGAGGACGGAUGCUCUGGAGAACGUUUACCGUGCAGAGAGCCACGCCCACCUGCUGCAGAGCCACGCCCACUCCCUGCACAGCUCUCUGUUGUCGGCGUGUAACGGAUCUCAGAACAGCAGCCGAUUAGUUCAGCUUGACACUGACAUCACAGAGCGAGUAUCCUCGGCUCAACUCGAGGCCUCGCGGGCCCUCGACUCUGCAUCCGUCGCUUUCAACAUGACUGUCCAACCAAAGCAGUCACUGUCAAAGGAGGGCGGGGCUAAGAUGAACGUCAGCGUCGUUGUUUUAGAAGAAAGUCGUCGGAUCAACGCGGAGGCUAAAGACCAACAACUCAGUAUUUCCAUGGCAACCAGCCGACUGCAGUUGGCCAGAGACCGCGUACAUAACAUCAGCUUCCUCCUCCAUGACCCAGUCAGAGAGCUGCAGACACUCUCCAACGGUUCUUCCCAGGUGCUGCAGCAGACUCAGGUUCAGGCUGCAGCUGCACACUCCCGACUGCAGGAGACGCUGCAGCGGCUGCAGAGUCUCAGAGAGCAGCUGCAGGAUUCUUCUUCCCUGAUAGAAAACGCCAACUCCACAGUGACAGAGACCAACCAGCUGGUGACUCACACUCACACUGCAGCCAAUGAUGCUCAGCGUAAGCUGCAGGAGGCGGAGCAUCGUACUCAGCGCCUGAUGGACAGGAUAAAGCCGCUGAGCAUGCUGGGAGAAACUCUGAGCAGGAACCUUUCUGACAUCCGAGAACUGAUUGACCAGGCUCGACGACAAGCGGCCUCGAUCAAGGUGGCGGUCCAGGCCGACAGGGACUGUGUUCGUUGGUACCGACCACAGAUUGAGUCGAGUAACUUCAACACUCUGAGUCUGACCCUGAAGACGACCAGUCCAGACAACCUGCUCUUCUACCUGGGCAGCAACUCCACGAAGGACUUCCUGGCUGUGGAGAGUCGAGGGGGGAAGGUUUCUUUUCUGUGGGACGUCGGCUCAGGAAGCACCAGGCUGGAGUUUCCCGGACUGGACAUAACCAACAACAGAUGGACCAGAAUCAACGCAACGAGGUUUGGGGCCCACGGAGCUCUGUCGGUCCAUCAGCUGGACUCGGAUUCUCCUUCGUUGCCCCCGGUAACGGCGUCAUCACCUGGAUCCUCUCGAGUUUUAGACAUUGACAGAAACACUGUGAUCCACAUCGGAGGCCUGGGAGCCCACACCAAGCGUCCUCCAGCUCUACGAGCCUCCACCUUCCAGGGCUGCUUGGCUGAAGCUUCACUCAAUGAAAGAACCAUCGGACUCUGGAACUACGACCGCAGACAAGGAGAAUGUGGAGGCUGCUUCAGCAGUCCCCAAGCAGAGGAGACAGCCUUUCACUUUGACGGAUCUGGCUUCUCAUUGGUCCAGAAGUCUCUCAGAGCAACGUCCACCUCCGUCGUGCUGUUGUUUAAAACUCUGUCUCCAGGAGGACUCCUGCUGUACCUGGCCUCCAACAACACGAGGGACUUUCUGUCCAUUGAGCUGGUGGAGGGUCAUGUCCGUCUGACCUUUGACCUUGGCUCUGGGGCUCUGACACUGACGUCCAAAAGGAAGUACAACACGGGGGCGUGGCAUAAGGUCACGCUGCAGAGGAACAAACGCACAGGUUACCUGUCAAUCAUGGCGGCCGACCAAUCCUCAGAGAAGGAGGUGUUGGAGGCGGAGUCUCCUGGAACGGCCUCGGACCUGAACCGUUCUGACCUGGACCCCAUCUACAUCGGAGGACUUCCUGCUUCCAGACCAAUCAGGCGACAGGUAGUGUCCCGGUCAUAUGUGGGCUGCAUAAAGAACGUCGAGAUCGCUCGGUCCAACUUUGACCUUCUGAGGGACGCGUAUGGAGUCCGGAAAGGCUGCGUCCUUGAGGCGGUGAGGAGUGUGUCAGUGUUGACCAGUGGCUUCGUUCAGAUCGUCCCUCCGUCGUUCAGCCACGAGACCGAGUUUCUCUUCUCGUUCUCGUCCACUAAUCAGUCAGGUGUCCUCCUGGCGUCCUUCAGUGAAGACCGUGGACGUCGACAGCACUUCCUGUCUGUUCACCUGCUGUCAGGUGCGUUGGAGGCGGAGCUUGGUGAGGUGGGAGGGGCCACUCAGCACUUAACAGUGGUGAAACCUGAUGGGACGUCCUUCAGUGACGGGACGAGACACUCUGUGAUUGUGUCCAUCAACCGGAAGUCUCUGUCCAUGCAGGUGGACGAGGGAAACGUUAAGUCAGUUGCUCUGUUGCCGGGCGUAUUUGCCCGCUUGUCUCCAGCUUCCUUCUUCAUUGGCGGACUACCAUCAGGCGAGGAAUCCCGGCUACCAAUCAGAUUGCAGGUUUUAUCCAGGUUAUUCCGAGGCUGCAUCCAACACCUGGUGGUGGACAGGAGCCUCGUUGACCUAUCAGGAGCUGUGAAGUAUGAGGGGGCGGAGCUAAACAGCUGCCUACUGGAGGAGAGGGCUGGGGGGGCGGUGCUUCCGGAUAACCUGGAUGUGGAAACAACACCUGACCCCAACCACCUGUCAAUGGCCCCGCCCACACACCUGAGUGCCCUGACACCUGGAGCACUGACGUGUGUGUCAGAGUUGGGGCCGGUGUUGCUGCCGUCAGCUGCUCAGUUUGGGUCAUCCAGACACAGUCACAUGACUUUCACCAUCAAUCCCUCCACUGUCCGGAAGAGUUUGUCCGUGAGACUGUCAGUCCGAAGCUGGGCUCUGCAGGGGACCAUCCUCCUCCUGUCCGACUCCAAACAGAUGGACUUUGUUGUCCUGAGGCUGACGGGGGGUAAGGUCAGGUUAUCAGCUGACCUGGGGAAGGGUCCCACCUCCAUCACCUCCUCUGUCGCCAUUAACGACGGACAGUGGCAUACAGUGAGCGCAGACUUGAGCAGGCGUGUGAUGUCGGUGUCUGUGGACGGUUCUCGGCCGGAGUCUUUGUCAGUCAAAGGAAACCAGCUGGAUGUGGACAGCAGACUUUACCUGGGAGGGUUACCUGACACUGUGUCCACCCGGAGGAUUAAUGUCACCAGCAGUUUUCCAGGUUGCGUUCGGUCAGUCAGUCUGAACGGCGCCAUGUUGGAUCUGUCGAAGCCAGACUCGCGCCAUGAUGUCACUUCCUGUUUCUCCAAGGACCAGACAGGAAGUUAUUUCAAUGGCAGUGGAUACGCUGAACUGAUGCAUGACGGGUACAAAGUCGGCUCAGACAUGACGGUGUCUCUGGAGUUUCGGACGAGCCAAUCAGAGGGAGUGUUUCUGGGAAUCAGCAGCGCAAAGGUUGACGCUGUGGGCCUGGAGCUGAUGAACGGACAGGCGACGUUCACCGUGAACAACGGCGCGGGACGAGUGUCGGUGGUUUCUGCAGGUCAGAUGCUGUGUGACGGACGCUGGCACCGCCUCCUCGCCAGGAAAACCAAACACACCUUGAGUCUUAGCAUCGAUGGGCGGAGCUACACCACCGCCAACCCCUACCCACAAUCCACCUCUGCUGAGACCAACAACCCCGUCUUCCUGGGUGGAUAUCCUGCUCAUGUCAAACAGAACUGCCUGUCGAUCAGCUCCAGGUUCAGAGGUUGCCUGAGGAAUGUUCGUCUCCUGAAGACUCACAUGAGCGACGUCCUUGAUGUGAGCUCCGCCCACUUCCUGGUGGGCGUCACGCCUCACUCCUGUCCUGUCACCUAGCAACAAGGCUGCCUGUGAUUGGGCAUAGUCUGUCUGUUAGACCAGCUGAUUAUUGUGUGAUUUUUUUUUUUUUAAUUAGAUCUGACCCAAAUCCAAACGAACAAAUGAUCUUAACAUUAAUUAAUGUGCAUUCAUAGAUUUUCAGUCUGUAAACAUGAACAAAGCUACGUCUCAACGAACCAGCCAUUAAAUCACAGAAGACAGAA